GCUCUAUACAUGUAUGUAUAUUAGUCUGCAAGAAGGGUCCUUCUUACACAUAUCGAACCUCGUAUCUCUGUUUCAUUCUACACACACACACACACACAUAAAUUGGUGCGGUGUGAGGGAACGGUUUAUUUAGAUUUCGUCCUGCAGGUUCUUUCAACUCCAUCGCGGGUAGGUAAGAUGCCGUUCUGGAAUAAAAAAAGUAGUUGGGGCGCUAGCAGUACCAAUACCUCUAUGCCGCUUUUCAUAUCGCGUAACUCGCAAAAAAGCGCAUCUGAGUCGUGUGAACCGAUUCAACAUGCGAACGUUUCGGAGAUUAGUGAUGAGAGCAUCCAGAAAGCUCUCAAACUAUAUGAAAGACGUGGAAAGCAACUCAUCAUCCGUGAGGAGAAAGCUCGCCAGGUCCUCGUCUCGGAAGAGAAGAUGGUGUACGCAGACUUUGUGGCGAGCGAGAAAUUCGACAAAGGAUCAAUUCUAAUUUUCCUCCAAUUUCGUGAUGCGGCGGUCAAUGAAGCAGAAACGAAGUGGCGUCAGCAGAAGCAGUGGAUGGAAUACCGCCUGCUGGGCCAGAUGCGGAGUACCCUGGAAGAGGAGACAGCGAUACGCCAAAAGAUCAUUCGCCUCGAGGGACGUCUAUGGCAGACGAUCGCGCAUCUACACCGAAUCGAAAGUACGCCACUACUCCUUGUCAUGCGUCUUGUUCAGCUGGUCGAGGCGGAGAAAAUGCGGCGAUCCUAUCUAAUGAGUGUGGAAAUAUCUGAGGCAUUAGCUAUGAAUAUUCCAAACUACAUGCCUUCAUUGAUCUGCGCGCAUGUGAGAGGCCCGGUAAGAAAAAAGAUCGACUAUUUGUCAAAUGAACGGUGUCCCUUCGUGUGUCGAGAGGAAUGCCCUUAUUACACAAAAAAGCUAAUUGCAUCAAACUCAGCCAGAGGACCCUCAGUCAAAGCAAAUGCACAUCUUUCCGAUGACGAUGAUGCGAAUAUACGCUUCCUUCGCUAUUCUACUUUGCACAAAGGUCACUAUAAGCAUCAUUAUAGUAACACCGCGAUGAAAAUAUAUAAAUAAGCACCUGUAUAGUUUGUGUUUGAAAUUAAUUGCAGUUUUCAAGAAUUUAUUUGAUGUAAAUUUAGAUUCACAACGAAACUCUGCGUUCAAAUUGUCUUUUUUUAAUAAAAA